CAGGACAACAGGAAGAGACCAGACUCGCAGCGACAGUUGCGAUAGACAUACAGAGAGAAGAGAGGGUCGCGGAAGAGAGACCGAUUCUCCCAGUGACGAGCCAAGUCGAGGCGCUUCUUCCCAAUUGGCACUCGGUCGUUUCAAUCACAUCACAUCAGCCUACAUGUCUUCGGAAAACAUCCCUGCGGAAGUAGCCGCUGCGGACGAAGCAGUCGCACAGGGCGAUACUGGCAAGUUCAAGCUCAUCUUAUCCAUUCUACGACAAUUUAUCGGCGUCAAGGAUAUGGCCAAUGUGCGAUUCAGUCUACCGGCUCAGCUGAUUGAGCCGAUACCCAAUCUCGAAUACUGGAACUACUGCGACCGGCCUGACUACUUUGUUGCAAUGGAUGAGAGUGACGAUGCUUUAGAACGUAUGCUCGCUGUGUUGCGCUGGUACUUGACAAAAGAUCUGAAACUUGUGCAUGGUAAGAUUUGCAAGCCAUACAACUCAGUGCUCGGCGAGUACUUUCGCUGCCGAUGGACAAGCACAAGUGUGCCACUCAAUCCAGUGACUGCCAAACUGCUCGAAGGACCAGCUGAGCCUGCUGCGACCGCAAGCAAGGCAUCCCGCUUCAAGCCUUCUUUUGGACGACGUGGCACAAGCACAGCUACACUUGCAAGUGUUUCUGCUCCUCCAACACGUCCCGUUUCCCCUACAGGAUCGACAAAGUCGACCAAUUCAGGUGUUGCUCGGGAUAUCACCGCCCCGCUUCAAAAACCCAUUCAAACAGCCUUCUUGUGUGAGCAGACGUCGCACCAUCCGCCCGUGUCUGCCUACAUCUAUUCAUGCCCAGAAAAACAGAUUGAAGCGGUGGGCAUGGACCAGAUUGCUGCGAAAUUUACAGGGACCACCAUCAAAGUCGAGCCUGGUGAGUUGAAUGAGGGCAUCUUUGUCAAGCUCAAGAAGCGCAAUGAGGAAUACCGCUGCACACACCCAACUGCGACGAUCUGUGGUUUUUUGCGAGGCACGCUGUACACGACCAUUCAAGAUUCGGCCGUCAUUACAUGCAAGCAAACGGGUUUGCGGACCAUUAUAAUUUACAAGGAUGAGCCAUGGAUUGGUAAGCCCAAAUUUCAGAUUGAGGGUCUCAUCUUUCGUUACAACCAAGAUGAAGAUGAGGAUAUUGUUACAUGCAGAGAUGUGCCUGAAGAGGCGAUUGUUGCCAAGAUUGAGGGUUCAUGGAAGGGCAAGUACUACAUCUCGAGUCCCAAAUCGGCAGAGAGACACGUCUUGCUCGAUGUGACUGAUUUGCUACCUGUCACCAAGACCGUGCCACCUAUGGAGCAGCAGCAAAUCAACGAAUCGCGCGUCGUUUGGGAUCCCGUUACCAAGGCGAUUCUUGCGCGAGAUUUUGUACAGGCAACGCGCAACAAGACGGAGAUUGAGGAUCUACAGCGUACUGUCGCAAAAGAACGGGCUGCCAAGGAGGAGCCCUUUGUGCCUGUGUACUUCCAGGUGAAUGGGGAUGGGCGACCAACCUUGACAGAGGCUGGUAGGCGGACACUGCUUGGCCAAUUUGACGCUACCUCUUAGAUUGCUGAAGAGUUAUUCCAUGUACACUACAAGAGACCCCAGAAGCCGUAUACAUAG